UUCUUCCAUUCAGCUUCUAAUUAGCUAUACAUAAACUCUACCACCUCUUCUUGCGUCAAGUUAGCCAGUGACGCUGCACAGAGAAGGGAAUUCAGGCCGUGACACGAUGAUAGUGGCGCGAAACAUCUGCCGGGCCUCCAUGGCACUCUGCUUUGCUCUGCUACUCGUCCUGGCGACGCAAGUCAACACCAAGGCCAAUGCUGCACAAGGCCGACAAGCCAAAUUUGCCUCGCUAGCCUCAAAAUCGGGCGGGCACCUCAAUCUUGAUGCGGCCCUGUACAAUGAAAUCACCAUGGCGCCGAGGAAUUACUCGGUAACGACGCUGAUGACGGCUUUGGCCUCACAGUUUGGCUGCGAACCGUGCCAGAAGUUCCAACCAGAGUACGAGGCCCUCGCGCGGGGAUGGGCAAAGAAGCGUGACAACAGCCAUUUCUUCGCAACACUUGACUUCACGAAAGGGAAAGAAAUCUUCAAACAGAUGAGCUUGCAACAUGCCCCUGCACUGCUCUAUUUCCCGCCCACCACAGGGCCACGGGCUUCAAGCGAUCCCUCUCCAAUUACCUACGACUUCAACCGCGCUGGAUUUGAAGCUGAAGAUCUUGCAGCCUGGCUUACAAAGGAUCAAGACUUCCCGAUAGAGUAUGUGAAGCCUUUUGCAUGGUGGACAUUUCUCACUUUUGCAACGGGUAUCUGCUCUGCGGGUGCGCUCGUCGUUUUUGUCGCCCCCAAAAUGGGCGGCCUCAUAUCGGGCACCAAGCUCGUCUGGGAGUUGGUCACCCUUGGCACAGUUAUCGUCAUGUGCUCCGGAUACAUGUGGAACCACAUUCGCGGAGCGCCGUAUAACGGUAUCGGAAGCGGUGGCAGAAUCGAGUACUUUGCUGGUGGCUUCCAAAAUCAAUUCGUGGCCGAGACGCACAUUGUUUCCUCCAUUUAUGCAUUGUUAGCCUUCUCAAUGAUAGCACUUAUCAUUUUUGUGCCGAAUCAGCGGGAUCCCGUAAGACAGCGUGCCGGCGUUUAUGUAUGGUCAGUGGUCUUUUUGGGCACGUUCAGCUUGCUCUUUGCCAUCUUCCGCACCAAAAAUCCCAGCUAUCCCUUUAGGCUGUUCCUGUAGAGAAGUAAUCAACGCACCAUACCACAUCACCAAGG